UUUGUUUGUUACCUCACACCUGACGAUAAUAGAGAGAGUAAAUUUCAAAUUUAACUGACCAAAAAAAGUAAAGUGCAAGUUACGUUAAUUAAUAGAUUCGCAAUUUUUCUUUAGACGUCUAAAUUAGGUAUUAAAAUACUUAAUAUUCCUUAUAACUUUUUAUUGCAGCAAUAUUUAUCAAAUUGAAAGCCCAGUCGACAUUAUGUUUAACUUAAAUGUUACUUGUUCUUCCCAUUCUAAAGCAAUUUCACAUUGAAAAGUCUAACGAUGAAACAGAGCAUACUUGGUCACAAUCUUAAGGCAAUUUUUAUUGCGCCUCAAGAGUCAAAAGCUGUACAGUUAUAACUGGAUGUGUGGGGCAUGCAUAGCGCAACUUUACUUUCCCCAAUAUUAUGCUUGCGCAAGGCGCAAGCGUAAACCGCGGCAAUCGCUGGCAGUCGCUCUCGAGAGCUCCAUAGUGUCAGACGCGAUUGGAUUAUUGCUUAUUCUGUUAUCAGUCACUACUCAUGCAUAAUGACUAGCGAAGGAAGAAAAGGCACUAUACAACUGUUAGAAGAAUUUAUCAAGUGUUAUCAAAGCCAGCCAUGCCUCUGGGAUACCCAAUCAAAGGACUAUCAUGAUAAAAUGAAAAAACAAGUAGCGUACGCUAAGUUGCUGCGCAUUUAUCAACUCCUAGAGCCCAGAGCUGACCGUAUGACGGUUGUUAAGAAAAUAAAUAUAUUAAGAACUAAUCACAGGAAGGAAAAGAAGAAAGUUAAAGAGUCAGAGCGGUCCGGCAACGGCACUUAUGUUCCUAAAUUGUGGUAUUACCACUUAUUUGAUUUUUUGGAAACUCAUAAAAAUUAUACAAUAACUUACAACGGAAAUGAAAAAGAUGAUUUAACUGCAGGCCAACAGACCGAAGCAUAUGUGGAUGAUAUUUCUGAAAGUCAGGAUACAAAUUCUUCUAACGGACUCCAAGAAGUUCUGUCAUCUAGUAACCAGCCACAAAAAAUAUCACUAGUUGCGCAGGAUCAAUCACCUUCCUUGUUAUCAAUAGAUCUAAACAUACCUGCAAAGAAGCUCCUGAGCCUGACAAAGCGUAACCCGCCAGACGGUACUGAAACCAUACAACAGGAACAAGAAAAUAAUUCCAAGAAACGUAAAUGGGGAGAUGAUAGAUACCAAAUUUUCGCCACAAAUGUGACUUUGAAAAUGAAGGAUAUACGGAAUGACACACAAAGAUUAUUGGCAGAGAAAAUGAUAAAUGAAGUCUUAUUUAUGGCGGAAAUGGGACAGCUGUCGAUGUCUCAUUGUAUUGGUUUAACCCAAAAUUAUUUUGGCCCCCAAACUACUAAUUGUAAUAUUGGCAGCUGUAAUUUGACCUACCACAAUCCAGACAAUAGGCUACAAACUUCAACAGUAGCUAAAAGUGAAGUGCUAACGACAUCGCCAGACUGCACUUCUGAUUACGAAAAUGAAGACUACCAAAGUUUCAACUGUCGUAAUUGUGGUCGCCGAAACAGCUCUAAUCUUAAAGACAAUGACGAAUCUCAUGACCCUCUUAAUCUUCUGAUACCAAAAAAUUUAACAUGAAUAUUUUGUAAAGGAAUUUAAUAAACGCCGUAAUGGAGCUAAAAUAAUUUGUAGAACUCUACUCACAAAUAGUAGUCUUUGCAGUGUUCUAUUGGAAUUUGGCAUUAGAGAUCUAUAGAGCCUCAAAUGAAGGGAUUGACUGAGGCCCGUCGUUACAAACAUUACUAGCCAAGUAUAUGAAAUCCUAUUAUAAGUCUGUUUUUGCAUGCGGCUUGACCACCUUCGUAGGGCGUUGGUAAAGACGCGCUGUGGUUGGCUAAUAUUGCGAUACAAAUUUGCUUCCUGGGCUGUCAAAUAAACGAAGUCGAACAAGGCCAAAGAAAACUAUGAAAUUUCCGUUACUAUUUAUUCCAGCGCACUGUGCGUUCUUAUAGUGUUGUUAGUGAAUAAGUGUAUGUGUAUAUUAUUUAAAUAUGAAAUACGGUACGGAUUUUACGAAUGAUUUAUUGUAUCCGUGAUCGUUUGCUUCUUGGAGAAGAAAGUCAGUUAAUAAUUAGUUUUUAUCAAUAAAAUAAUUAUGGUGUUCAAUAAAAUUAAUAAAAUAAAGAGUAGUAUUAGGUAUUACACAUUUAAAGAUAAAACUAUGUACGUAAUGAUCUUAACUGUUCGCUACAGUCUAGUUCUUGAUAUUUAUAUCGUAUAAUAAAAAAUUAUAAAUAUGA